AUGUCAGAACCAUCAAAGACUGAUGCUACCCUUAAGUACUACGGAGGCGCAGCUAAAGAAACUCUCGGUAAAGUUGUAGGUAGCGAGAAGAUGGAAGCCGAAGGAAGAGAAAAGAAGAUUGAAGGAAAUGAUGAAUAUGAUGGCGCAAAAACGGCAGGCAAAGCUGAAGGUGCCAAAGAUGAGGCAGCCGGAGGAAUUAAAAAGUCCACCGGUGAUACCCUUGGCGAUACUAAAAUGAGGGUUGAAGGAAAGGCAACUGAAUUGAAAGGUCAGGCAGAACGCAAGGCUAAUGAAUAA